AUUUUUAUCUAUUCUCUGUGGGAUCACACGCAAGUCGUCCUUCUGCAAAGAGAUCUGAUGAAGAACUGGCAUUGGAAUGAUGGAAAGACGAAGUAAAUAGGAUCUCUGUAAACUCUUGAUACAGUACUGCACAUUACAAUGACGCUGCUAGUCAUGGGAUAAGCACAAAAAACCGAAGCUCAUGAGGUAUGGAAAUGUUCACAAGCACCAAAGGUAGUGAAUCUGCUCAACGAGACGUCUAAUACUGGCAAUGACGCAAUGUCCAGCAUGCUCGAUGAGAAAAUGGGAAUGUGUCACAGAGAAUAAUGGUCAUGGGAGGCAUGAAAUGAACGAAAUCUCGCCUUUUAAAUAAAAACAAUCAUAUGACUUAUCCCGAGAAACAAAGUUAUUACAUUGUAGUUGAUUAUAUUUGAAACAAAGUAUUAAUUUAUUUGACAGCAUUAAAGAUAAGGAUUUGAUAAGGUGUUCCACAUAUUGUGGUCGUAACGACCCCAUCAUAAAAGUAUUCAUCGAUCUAUAGAAGCAGCAUGUGGUGUACACAGGUUCAACAGCUUAUCAAAAUAUCGUCAAUCUGGUUCUGGUAUGAACUCUCACGGUUCACGAUUGAUGAUGAUUCGACUACUACUAGUAGUAGUAUGGUUGUCGUGGAUCUUUUACAUAAUGAUUUGCUUUAAAUACUCUGUACUAAAUAAAAUCAAGAUUGCUUGACAAUUUAUCAUAAUACAAGGUUACGACAAUUGCUUCGAGAGCUUCAAAAACCUUCAUUUUUGAAGCGCUAAUUAUUUGGGCCGUCGCUAACGGUAAUUAAAGCAGACAAAUUUUUGCCGGAACGCCGAAAUAGCCGAUUUUACAUUUACAACUGCACUGAUUCUUGUAUCCGUGGUUACGAAAUUAAUUCAAGGGAACGAAAUGUGAGUGUUGACAAAUUUUGGGCGUUUUAUUUUUUGGGUGAAAAUUUGUGCGGCGCACACUGGAGUCUACAGACUCCAGGCUUUUCGAAAAUUAAGGUUUUUCAGUCGUCUAAGCAAUUGUCGCAACCUUGUAAUACUAAAGUUGUCAAGCAACCUUGAAAUAAAAUCCUCGAGAAUUGGACCAUCAUAUAAUUUGUAAUUAUAUUGUAUUGUUAUUCUACAUAUUUAGUAAUUGCAGUCGCACAAGAGAAUGACAAAUAUUGUAAAAUUAUACGCGUAAAUGUUCCACGAUGAAUGAGCUUUUGAAUACGGAAGCUGAGGAGCUUGGCCUCCGACAGUCCCAACGACAUGUGAGGAAGCAGAGCGGAGGCGACCUGUCGUCCACCAGCGAAGAUGAGACGGAAACCAUCAGUGUUCACAUCCAAUGCAAAAUUGAAAACUCGGAUGACUUGCUAAGGCUUUGCGGGGACAGCGGCGUAUGGCAAGUCCUGAUCUUCAUAUUGGGGUCCUUCUGUGGUCUCAACUGCUCCAUACAAAAUUUUCUCUACAUAUUCAUCUCUGAUACUACCGAUUACUGGUGCACCUUCCCUGAAGUGGACAAGGAUAGAUAUACGGACAAAGAGCUAAAAACAAUGCUUCUUCCAAGGGAUUCCGGGGCUAACUUUGAGAAAUGUUCGAGAUACAGCUCAGAUGUUUCUAACGGGACGAUUGUGAGCAUUCAUCGGACCAUAAUUGAAAAGUGUAACACGGAAACCAUUCCUGUUCAGUAUGAAGGUGGCGAAUUUGUCGAGACGAUUGGAAGCGAAUGGAGUUUGGUGUGCGAGGAAGCAUAUUGGCUCCCAGCCGUGGAGGCGACGUACAUGGUGGGCGUUUUGGUUGGGUCCAUCGUCUUUGGGAUGCUAUCAGACAAGCUUGGACGAAGAUUCACUAUCUGGAUCUCAACAUUCAUGUUUGUAUUUUUCUCUCCUCUGGUCGCCCUUUCCACCAACUUUGUGAGUCUUUUGAUCUUCCGGUUUUGCCUUGGAAUAGCUUCACCAGGGGUUUACUCCACGUCCUACGUCCUCGUUGUGGAAUCGAUUGGUUCACAUCGACGCGGUCUCGCGGGAUCACUUUACAGCAUUCCUUACAGCGCUGGGUACAUGAUACUCCCCAUAAUCGCAUACUUUGUGAGAGAGUGGAGGAAUUUACAACUGACCUGUGCCGCACUCUCGCCGCUUAUGAUCCUGACUUGGUGGUACCUCGAGGAAAGCCCACGUUGGCUGUUGCUCAAAGGGAAAGUCGCGGAAAGUGAAACUCUCUUCAGGGAAAUCGCUCGAGUUAACGGAAAGGAAUUGCCGAAGGAUUUCCACGCACUCGUAAAGAAAGUAGCUUAUGCCGAGAGAGAAAGCAAGUACGAAAUCACGUGUGAUCAACGGUGUCGAAAUUGCACGACGGCCGUUUGCAAGUUGAUUCACACCCCGGUCUUACGUUUCAGAGUGUUCUGCAUGUCCAUUGCCUUUCUAGCAAUUAGCUUAGUUUAUUAUGGAAUCGCAAUUGACCCCACAAAUCUGGGUUUCGACAGAUACCUUUUUGCAUUCCUUUGUGGGUUAUUUGAGAUCCCAGCAGAAAUUAUCGUGGCUUCACUCAUCGACCGAAGUGGACGCAAGCCUGUCUUUGCAGGAUUCUUCGUAACUUGUGGAUCAAUGAUUUUCCUGUCUUUUGCUCUCCCGAGGGGUUCCAUCGGUGACGUCGUUCUCUUUGUGGCUGCUCAAUUGUUCAUCUCCGGAAACUCGACUUUGAUUUACCUUUAUUCCGCAGAAUUGUUCCCCACAGAGAUCCGAGGCUAUUGUCUUGGCAUCAGCUCCAUGGUUGGCCGCACUGGUUCCAUCGCCGUGCCCUACAUCGUGGAGUUAGUGGGGGAAAAGCACCACACGUAUCCAACCAUCAUUUUCGGAUCGGCUGCUUUGAUUGCAGGAGCCUUGGCACUCUGUCUGCCCGAAACGAGGAAUAAGAAGCUACCCGAUACCGUUGUGGAAGUGGAGAGCUGCCGUCGCUAGAAACUGUGCGAAACGAUACAUCUUUAUGCACAUAAUAUAAUCACAUCGCCAAAAUUUGAAUAACGAGACAACUCGACAACCGCAUAUUAAACAAGCUCCAGCAGUCAGAUGAAAUGUAUACUCAAUGUAUUCACGUGCAAUGUAAUAUAUGUGCUUAUAUGGAUAUUACUAUAAGUUAGCAUUUUAAGAGGCAAUCCUUAACGAAAUGAGCUUAUAUGUAAGUGCCCGUGGUUAGUAAUGCAAUACUUUGUUGUAGGAACGGAAACACGUUUGAAAUGUGUAGGUUCCACUGAUUAUGUUGGAAUGAUGUUCAACUUAAUUCGUUGCUACUUUAAAUGUUCACAAGAGGGGUGAAAAAGUUUACUCAUUUGAAACUUGUCAGCAAUGUGAGCUUGUCAGUCAGCAAUGUAGUUAAUUUUGUUUAACGAAAAGCGUUGAACCAAAUGUCCAAGUUGACAGGACUGAUGUGCACAUUUAUGCACCACGUACAGCCAAAUUGCAAAGUUUGCAACUUUCUCCAUUCCUAGAAUUACAUAUUUAGCAUCCGGCAUGUGUUUAUGACUUGCGAUGAGACGCUAAAAACUUUACAACUAAAUUAGAUUAUGCAGCAUUUCUUGACGAAUCAUAUGCACACGAAACAAAAGUCGAUUUGAAUUAGGAGCAAGGAUGAAGCCAAUUUUAUUUCUUUGAGACUCAAAAAUUUGAAUGUCUCACUCCUUGAUAUACCAUUUACCCAUUUCCCUUUGAUUUAGUCGCUUGGUUUAGUUUAAAGCCCGUGCUUAAAAAUGUGUAGAGUAAUGUAAAAAUGUGAUAGAAAUCCUUGAUGCUAAAAAUACUGGGAAAUUAUCCUCAGUCAGAGUUAUGAAUCGGAUGGAGAUUAAAUUUGUGCCACCACGACAGAAGCGGAUCAUGAUCAAAUCAAUUGGAUUCAGCCGCAAAGAACUAGAUCAGAGUUGAUGGAUGGCUAAAACUUCCUUCCAUUUACUUUCUCCAGAAUCAGCGGGUAGUGUUCCAUUAUUGUGCUUCCAUUACGCUAAUGACCUGUCUGUCUCUCUAACUUGGGCGUUAUUGCUCCAACAUUUGUUUGGGAAUUGAGUCAUGAAAGUGUCGCAUCUUCCAUAAUGCGAAUAUUUUACACUCACUUUCAGACCCUGUGUCUCAGCGGAAAGUGGGCUUUCUUUCAGCGAUACAAAAAUUCGGUCCCACAACGUCGAAAUAAGUAUAUGGUGCAGUCGGGCUAGGAAAAUGGUAAUUUUAUUCGGACUCAUAGAUGGUAAUAUUUUUAUGUAUGUACAUAUUGUAGGAUACAAUUUGACAUGUGUAGAUUAUUCGAUACAACUAAUUAAAUUUAGGCCCUGUCGAAAUAUGUA